AUGAACGACGACAUGAACGACACUACAAUCGCCACUUCCAAGCGCAAGUCUCACAUCUUGAUAUGGGCAAAGAAACUCGGAGGUUGUUUAACUAAAUGUCACCCACGCCGCAAAAAGAAGGCCUCAUACUUGGAUACGGGUGAACCAAUCCCACCGUCUUAUCGUACAAAUGUUGCGAACCACAUGCCACGACAUACACUAUCUAUCCGAAGAUCAAGAUCCACCACCGGGAAAACAGGGACUAUGAAUUCGAAAACUAAUAGCACGGGCACCAAUUGGGCUUUGCCUUCGCAAGGCAAGCUUCAACCGACAACUCGACACAACCUCCGCCGUGAGAAGACCAUUCGGCUUGUAAAUGCGAGCGUGAGCUCGUUAGUCGGAGGCCGCCCAUCACCACGAUCAACGGUGUCUCCUAGAAGAAGUCCAGGCGAAGAGCCGUUGCCUGGUCCUCGAUCAGUGCUUUCAUGGCUAGACUCGUUCCAGACCCAACAGGUAUUCCACAGAGACUCGCCACGAUCACCUACGCUGAGAAACGACUCCGCUGCAGACCUCACUGCUCGACCAGGCCAAAGACGCCCUAACCGCACAAGCGAUUUAUACAGUCCAACUUCGCCGUCAAUGAGUAGUACAGCAUCUCCACACGGGAAGAUGAGCACCGGAGCACAGAUUUGCUACCCGCCUUCGAUCCACUCUCACGUCGCCCUGAACACUAUGUUGACCGAAAGUGUAAAGGGAUGGGAGCAGGACUGGGACAAGCCACUUCACAACCGCGUCGGCAGUUCAAAGGGCCUAUGGAGAACCGCAUCGCAACGCCUCUUGAUCAAGAACAAGGACAGCAUCCGACGUCUCAACGCCGAAAAGGCCAAGAAGAACAAGAGUGUUGACAUAACCGCCGUAGAGAAUCGGCCAAUACCCCAGAUGAGAAGCAUAGAAAGUAUCCAGGAAAUGGUUGAGGAAGAGCGGAGAGCAGACGAAGAGUGGAGUGGUACGUGGAAGGCUUUUGAUCGAGCAUAUGGCCGGGCUGGGACGAUGGUAGCCGGGUAG